CAUCGGAUUUAAUUUAAUUUGUCAAAGUUUACAGACACGAUUUAAAUUUUAAAUUUACUGAUUGGAAUUAUCACUUUUGAUUUGUAAUUUAAUUAAUACCUUUUCAUCGGACGUUGAUGACUGUUUGCUGGGCGGGAAUUAACAGCCUUGUCGUCUGCGAGAUUUUUAUGAAUGGAUUUGUCAAGUGAUUAAGUAUUAAAUGGAUUAUAACGUUAUGAUGAUUUAUAAAUUCACCUGAAAAUCACCACUCAAUUUUAUGAAUGAAAACAAGUGCACGUGGUUUUUUUCUUCUUUAAAGAAUGUAUAAAUAAGCUGAACCAAGAAAGUAGCUUUUUCCGAUAAGCAACUGAAGAGAAAUAAUAAUAAUAAUUUUAUUAUCAAUAAAUUAAUGUGACAAAAUAUCGUGAAUAUUUGACGACUUUUUGUAAAUAAUGGAGAGAUAUACACUGAUAAUUAUUACAGUUUUUGAUUUGUCGUUUGGUAUUAUGAACCACUAUAACAAUAGACGGAAAGACAUCUGUGAACCGAUACAGAUACCAAUGUGCCAACAUAUGAAAUACAACAUGACACGGAUGCCAAAUCUUCUACAUCACAGUUCACAAGAGAAUGCAAAGUUACAAAUAGAACAGUUCACAGAAUUAGUGGAUCAAAAAUGUAGUGACGUUUUGUUGUUUUAUCUUUGUGCAAUGUAUGCACCUAUAUGUACAGUAAACUUUCAGUCAGAACCUAUCCCGCCAUGUCGAAGUGUCUGCGAAGAAGCACGUGCAGGAUGUGAACAUAUAUUGAAUGAACAUAAUAUUUCAUGGCCGGAAUAUUUAGACUGUUCGUCGCUACCAAGAUAUGAUAGAGGAGUUUGUGUCAGACCUGCAGCUAUUGUUCCCUCUUUAGGAAACAAAGAUAAGUCAAAAUUGGACAGUCGAGGACCAAACAACAAAAUUACAGACUUUGAUUUAUCAAAAGAAAGUUAUUAUGAAGAUUGCAGGUGUAACAGAAAAUCAAAGCUUAAAAGAAAGGCAUAUAGAAAAGGAAAAUAUCAUUUUUCAAUAAGAGGAGUCGUAAAAGGACAAGCCAUUGCCAAUACCAUUAAUACGGUUACCAGGGUAACUGUCGUAAAAGUUUACCGAAGUACCAGAGUACACAUACAGGAAGGAAGUAGUAUAGAAUUAUGGACCAAUUCCACGUGUGUUUGUCCGGAACUGACGAAGAGAAAGGAGUAUCUUAUUGUUGGAUAUGAAGAUUUAUCAACACAAAGACUUUUGUUCUUAGACAGUUGUUUAUCUGUCAAGUGGAAAAACAAAUUAGAUCGACGGAUAAAGAAUUGGGAAAAGAAAAUAGCAAGAAGUAAACGAAACCAGAAAUGCCGUAGGAAGAAAGGAAAACGGUGUAGAAAAAAUAGAAAGAACAACUCAAAGAGAAAUAAAACCAAAGAAAAUAGGAGAAAUAAAAUGAUCAGAGACAAUUCGCUGUCAGCUAAUAAAAAUCCAUGACAACACAUCAUUUGCGGGAAAACAUAAAAAUCCACCAUGGAGAAUCACUGUGAUAACUGACUUGUAUAUUAUAUUUUUGUUUUAAAUUGUAAAUAAAUAUCAUCUAAUUUAUGAUCAUGUAAAUCGAACUGUGCUAUUAACUGUCUCAAAUUAUCUUGAGAAAAUGGUGAAAAGGGUUUGUACAGCUGUUAUCAGUUUAGUUAGGUAUAUGCUACCUAAAAUAAAUACAGGUAUAUGUUCUAACAAUGUUGUGAUUAGUUUUUCAUCAAAUAUACAGGCAGCCCUCCAACUUCAUGAAAUGAGAAAUAAAAUAUCGUAAAUGCUAUUGUCAAAAAUGUGUUCUAAACAUUCAAUCAAUUUGUAAGUUCAUUUUAUCCAUUUAUUGGGUUAAACCAAAAAUCUUGUACAGGAAAAUGGCAGGUGCCUUAAAUACUUUUCUAUCCUGCUAAUGUUUCAAGACAAGAAUUACUGAUUUAUACAAUUUUCCGAAAUUAGGAUAUACUUUUACUGUAAACCUUGUUCAAUAAUGCUGGGUAUGAAAUUUUGUAACAUAAAAAAUCCCAUCAUAUUAAAUCCAUUUGCAACAAUUUUCAAGUACAAAAGUGUAAUCAAUAUGAAAUAAUAAGUAAAAUGAACUCACAUCCAACACCUACUAAUACGUAUGGUAUAGUCAGUGCUUUUGUUGAAAGUAAAAUGUACAUAGUAAUUACAUGGUGCUAUCAAUAUAACUGUAUAACACAUUUUAACAUUAAGUUAGUUGUAUAUAAAUAUUGUUUGUUAUUGUUAUUGUUUUUGUAAUAGUUACUUAUUUUGUUGUUGUAAUAAUGCAAUUUUUCUUUUGUUUGCAUGUAAGACGUAUGUUUUACGUGGAUAUGUUUUAUGUUGUUCAUAUCAUGUGACUGUCAUGUGACUGUCAACGCAUUGCCUGUGUCGACAAUAAUCAUACUUUCUUCUUGCAAUUUAUACUUCUUUUAAAAGUAAGUUUGAUUUAGACUGCAACUUAUGUAACUAUUUCAAAAUGUUUUACAUGGAAAACACAUAUUACAAUAAUAAUUUAAAUGUCUUUUGAUUUUGAACAUACAUACUGGUUUUGUAUCAAACAUUGUAAAGUCUAUGUUCUAUAUUGCUGGCCCGGACUGUCAUAUUCUUUUAUAGUUUCCCUACAAUUGGAAUAAAAUUAAAACAAAGCUAUUCGGGUCAUUUGAUAGUUUUAAACAAAUCUAUGGCAUGCAUGAAAUAUUUCAUAAUCAAACAAUGUAAAAAAAGUCUGAUUUUUGGGGGAUCAUCAAACUUUACUACCUUAAAAAGAAAAAUGUAUGCACUUCAACUUAUUAAUUGUUAGCUUGUUUGAUAAUGGUUGUUAUUAUUGAAUUGCAUAAAUCAUGUAUUUUGUAAAAUAUUGUCAAUAAAAAUUUCAAAUGAA